CACGACUAUACUCAAAUAUUACACUCAUCCAUACGAGCUACUACUAUGAUAUUAAUACACUACAACUCCACAUUAAAUAUACACACACAUUUUACCAUCAAAUUAGUAGAAGAGCAACACUACACUAGUCCCCACAAUUUUGCUGUCCCCAACUUCCCUUGCUUUCAUUUCCCAUCAGUAAAACACAACACACUACACCACAACAACAAUCCUAGAAAACCAAAAAUCAUGAGCAUCAUCAACACCUAAAACAACACAAAAUACUCCUCAAACAUGCCCACAUUUCACCUCAUUGUUUCCAUCCUCUUCCUCCUCUCUACUGAAGCCGUCUUAGGAUUCGGCCUCGGCGUCGGUGUCGGCAUUGGUGGAGGAACCACCACAGGUGGUGGAGGAGGUGGAGUUUGGAUUGGUGGAGGUAGUAUCAAUCCUCCAAAUUCACCACCACCACCACAACAACAACAACAAUCACCACCACCAUCAUCAUCAUCAUCAUCAAGUAGUAGUCUUAGUAAGGCUUAUACAGCACUUCAAGCAUGGAAAUCAGCAAUCACUGAAGACCCAAAUGGGUUUUUAACCAAUUGGGUAGGACCAAAUGUGUGCAAUUAUAACAGGGUAUUUUGCUCAUCUCUUCAAGAUAAUUAUAUUGGUGAUACUCCUGUUUAUUCAUCUGUUACUGCUAUAGAUCUUAACCAUGCAAAUCUCAAAGGUGUUCUUGUUAAAGAACUCUCUUUUCUUACUGAAUUAUCACUUUUUCAUCUCAAUACCAACAGAUUUUCUGGUACAAUUCCUGAAAGUUUUAAACAACUUCAAUCUUUAGCUGAAUUAGACUUAAGUAACAACCAAUUUUCUGGCACAUUUCCUACUGUUACACUUUACAUGCCAAAUCUAGUAUAUUUAGACAUUAGAUUCAACAACUUUUAUGGUUCAGUUCCUGAUGAUCUUUUCAACAAACAACUUGAUGCAAUUUUAAUCAACAACAAUCAAUUUAGUGGACAACUACCACAAAAUAUGGGAAACUCUCCUGCUUCUGUGAUCAACUUAUCAAACAACAAGUUUUCUGGGGAUAUUCCUGCAAGUUUAGGGUUUGUAAACUCAGCACUUAAAGAAAUUCUUUUUCUUAACAACAAAUUAACUGGGUGUAUUCCAGAUAAUUUGGGAUUGUUCUCAGAUAUUACAGUUCUUGAUAUCAGUUAUAAUUCAUUGAUGGGUCAUUUGCCAGAUUCUUUAUCUUGCCUUGAAGACAUUGAAGUGUUAAAUUUGGCACAUAACAAAUUAUCUGGGGAACUCCCAGAUUUAGUUUGUUCAUUGAAAAAUCUACUGAAUUUAAGUGUUGAAUAUAAUUUCUUUUCUGGGUUUAGUCAAAAAUGUACAAAUUGGUUGAUGAAAAGUGCAGGAUUUGAUUUUUCAUUGAAUUGUAUACCUGGAAUUGGGAUGCAAAGACCUCCACCAGAGUGUUAUGGAGUUCCUUCAACAACAGAUAGUUGUCUUAGAAUUCCAUCAACAAAGCCUCUUGUUUGUGGGUCAUUGCUCAAUCUUAUAUUAAAUCUUGGAAAUCUCCCACUUUCUCCUUGAAUUUUGGGGGGUGUUUUUGUUAAAUCUUGUUUACGGACGUCAACUCUGUUAGUCAUAUUAGAUCUUGUUUUACGGACGUCAACUCUGUUAGUCAUAUUAGAUCUUGUUUGUCGGACGUCAACUCUGUUAGUCAUAUUAGAUCUUGUUUGUGGGUCGUUGCUCAAUCUUAUAUUAGAUAAACAAAGUUUAGUGGUUGUAUUUUUGUUGUUGUCAACGUUGGUGAAAGCUAUGUUGUUGAUCUCAUUAAAGUGUUGAUGUAAUUGCUGAAUCUGACUUGUAACUAUAUAUAAACUACUAGUAUUUGGCGACAGUGCCAUGUAUGGUAUGUAAUCCAUGUACUAGUAGUAGUACCUUUCUCUCCA